AUGGUACGCAAAGGGAAAGAGGCAGCACCAGCCGCGGAAGAGCAUCACGGCGGUGGACACAUAACAGUCACGGCGCAGCAAUCGCGGUACGCAGUCGAUUCUGUCGAUGCACCCGCGUCGAAAGAGAUACUCGUCAAAGACCUAUCAAUCACAGUCGCCAACCGAGAACUACUAUCACGCACAACACUUCACCUGGUAGAAGCACGCCACUAUGUAAUGGUAGGUCGAAACGGGACAGGGAAGUCUACACUCCUCAAAGCCAUCGCCGAUGGUCUGGUUCCGGGUAUACCAUGGAGUACGCGCAUUCUGCUUCUAGGUCAGACGAGGGAAGACGACUUGGGUGAUGAGAUGGCUGCGUUGAGCCUGGAGAGCGAGACUGUCUUGCAGCAUGUUGUCCGGAGUGAUCGGGUUCGGGAGCGCUACGUGCGAGAAGCGAAAUUGCUUAGUGAGGCGGUCGAGAACUCUGUUGAUUCCAUGGCACCGGUUCAGGCGUACAGGCGUAUUGGGCAUGAAAGAUUAGGUUUGCAAUUGAGAGAGGGUCAUCGGAUUGCUGAGAGGAGGAGUGGUGCUCGGGGCAAAGCAGCCAGGAAGGAGCUGAUUAAGCUUGAAGAGCGCUUCGAAGAAUCUGAGAAGCGGCUGCAGGAGACCGAGAUCGAUGCCACAAAGCUCAGCGAAGAGACUCAAGCAGCUGCGGAUUUGCUUGCUGGUGUGCAAGCAUCUCUCGAACUCAUGGAUGCAGCUGAGGCAGAAGCAAAAGCGCGCGUGGUUUUGCUAGGCCUCGGCUUCAAGGAGGAUCGCAUCGACAGGCCCGUGUCGGAACUCUCAGGAGGAUGGAAGACGCGCUGCGAUCUAGCUUGUGCUCUCACACAGUAUGCGGACGUACUACUUCUGGACGAGCCCACCAACUUCCUAGACUUGCCGUCAAUUAUCUGGCUACAAGACUAUAUCCGCAAUCUCAAAGGCACGACUGUCCUCAUAACGACCCAUGAUCGCGACUUUGGAGACGCGGUAGCCGAAGAGCUCAUUGUCCUCCGCAACCAGGUUCUCGAGACUUUCCGCGGUAACCUCAGUCUGUACGAGCGCGAAAGAUGGAAGAAGGUCAGGUACAUGACUAAGAUGAAGGAUGCCCAGGACAAGCAGAAGAAGCACAUUGAGAAGACCAUCGCAGGCAACAUCAAGGCCGCCAAGGACAAGGGAGACGACAAGAAAUUGAAACAGGCUGCGUCUCGGAAGAAAAAACUUGAUGAUAGAAUGGGGCUGCAGGUCAGUGCCAAAGGUGGUCGCUUCAAGCUGAACCGCGAUCUCGCAGGCUAUCACACGACGCAGCGGGCGGAGAUUGAGAUACCUGAUUUUGAUCCCCCAGUGCACCUCUCCUUCCCACAUCAGCCGCCCGAGUUGAAGUUUCCCGGAGCACUGGUAAGUAUAGAGAAGGUGUCAUUUGCAUACCCUGGGCGAAAGAAAUUGCCCAUCUUGACCGACGUCAGUCUGACCAUACAUCCGAGGGACCGGGUAGGUUUAGCAGGCCUGAACGGUUCAGGGAAGACGACGCUGGUCUCCAUAAUAAUGGGCGGUGAUGAAGAGGGCGGUCUCAAGCCCACAUGUGGCAGUGUCGCGCGCCAUGCAAGGGUGAAGAUUGGCCGCUUCUCGCAGCAGUCGGUCGAAGAGCUCACUGCGACCGCGGCUGCCAACCCUCAGACGACAGCGCUCCGGCACGUGAUGGAAAGUAUUGGCGAGGGCGCACAGGAGAAGGAUGCGCGGACAGUGCUGGGUGGACUGGGACUCCAUGGCCAGACGGUGUCGGACGUUCCGCUCGUGCUCCUGUCGGGAGGGCAGAAGGUCAGGAUCGCACUUGCCAAGUUGCUAUGGCCGCCGCCGCAACUGCUCAUUCUCGACGAGGUGACGACGCACCUGGACGCUGAUACUAUUUUGGGUCUCGUGAUGGCGCUGCGAGAGUACGAUGGAGCGCUGCUGGUGGUGACACACGACCGGUUCUUCAUGAGAACGGUGGUGCAGAGGGAGUCGGCGUACAAGCUAGCGCCAGGGGUUCACGCGUCCGAGGGCGAGGCUGACGACAGCAGCGAGUCGGAGGAUGAAGCGCCAGGGUUAGCUCCGGGGAGCGUUUUUCGGCUGACUAGAGGGCAGCUCAGGAAGCUUGACGGCGGCAUGGACGAGUAUGAGGACAUUGCGGCGCGGACAGCGGCGAGGCUGGCCAGAGCGGAGGGAAAAGAGCGAAAAUAG